AUAAUUCAGACGCCGACGAAUUGACGGUAAUGUACCUACUUCUAGGUAGCACAUAAAUCCAUCCGAACGACCCCACCACCACCACCACCAGACACCACCAUGACCGAGCAAGAAGACCAACGCCCCCGAAUCCUCUACCCCUCCUCCGGGCCGUCGCCGCCAUUCCCGCUGCAGAUGGAGGGCGUCGUCAUCUCCGGUUUCGGGCGGGGGUCCAAGGAACUCGGGAUCCCGACGGCGAAUCUCCCCGUCGACGAGGCCGCCACGCCCUGGAUCGCCGACGCCAAGUCCGGCGUGUACUUCGGCUGGGCCUCGCUCGCGCUGCCCGGCGACCACCCCGACCGUCGCGACCAGCAGCCUCGCCACCGCUCCAACCCGCGCGCGCCCCCUACUUCUUCUUCUUCUCCUUCUUCUUCUGCGACGCCCCCGCCGCGCAUCACGAUAACGUCUUCGUCGCCCAGCAGUAGCAACCCCGACGGCAGCGCGGAACAGACCACCACAACGCUAUCCUCCUCCUCCUCCACCACCACAGCCGAGACCGAGGCCCCAGCCUCCACGACCUGGCAGAUCUACCCCAUGGUCAUGUCCAUCGGCUACAACCCCUUCUACAAGAACUCGGUGCGGUCGGCCGAGGUGCACGUGCUGCACGACUUCGCCGCCGACUUCUACUCGGCCCCCCUGCGCCUGCUCGUCUUGGGCUUCGUGCGCGACGAGCAGGACUACGCCUCCCUCGACGCCCUCGUGCGCGACAUCAACAUCGACUGCGACGUCGCGCGCCAGUCGCUCGCCCGCCCCGGCUGGACCCCGCGGCAGGGCACCGUUGACGGCGCUACGGGGGAGUUCGACGGGUCUUGGCUUGUUAGGUAGGGGGCUAUCGUGCGUGUGCGCGUGCGCGCGUGACACUGAGACUGCGACGGGGAUCGAGAUUGAUUGAUAGAGCGUGGUGAAUAGAUAAGACGAGUU